AACUGUAAAGGAUGCGCUGUGUUUCCAACUCUUUUAACUCGAAAAUUUCCGUUUCUAGGGGAAGCAAAAGAAAACAAGGAAAUAUGCGACGAUGAAGCGAAUGCUUAGUCUCAGAGAUGAGAGACUUAAAGAAAAGGACAGAUUAAAGCCUAAAAAGAAAGAAAAGAAAGAUCCCAGUGCCCUGAAGGAAAGAGAAGUCCCCCAACAUCCUUCCUGCUUAUUCUUCCAGUAUAAUACACAACUCGGUCCACCUUACCACAUCCUCGUUGAUACCAACUUCAUCAACUUUUCCAUUAAGGCCAAACUGGACUUGGUGCAGUCAAUGAUGGACUGUCUGUACGCCAAGUGUAUCCCUUGUAUAACUGAUUGUGUAAUGGCUGAAAUUGAGAAAUUGGGACAGAAGUAUCGAGUAGCACUAAGGAUUGCCAAGGAUCCACGAUUUGACCGACUGCCAUGCUCACACAAAGGAACCUACGCUGAUGACUGCUUGGUACAGAGAGUCACUCAGCACAAGUGCUACAUUGUGGCUACAGUUGACCGUGACCUCAAACGAAGAAUCCGGAAGAUCCCUGGAGUUCCUAUCAUGUACAUUUCUAACCAUAGAUACAACAUUGAACGGAUGCCAGAUGAUUAUGGAGCUCCUCGAUUCUGAUCUUUACAAAAUUCGCCUGCCUUUCUUUACUAGCUUUCUCUGUUUUCAGUUAAUUAAACAUACUUUUUGAUGGU